UGCGCGACUGUACUUGACUGUCGGCUUACGAGCUGGUAUCUUAGCGUUUCAUUAUCAUAUCCCUCCUCAUCCUAACAACUCGUGUUUAUCCACAAACCAACAGACAUAUAGUGUCAAGUUUAAUAUUAAUAGUUAUUCCGAAAUUAAAGUGUCGAGAAAUGGAUAGCAAAAUGUUUUUCCUCGUUUUUGCUAUGGUGCUUUCCACGGCUUAUGGUGUGCAACCCACAAACUACGACCUAAGUCGUAACAAAGUCAAUGUUGGAGCAGGAUACGGGCAGUAUCCCAACUACGGCCACUACCCCAACUACCCGAGCGGGCCAAGCGGACCUGGGUUAUACCCCGGGGGUUAUCCGGGUCAAUACCCGGGGAGUAACUAUCCGGGACAGUACCCGGGUAACCACGUGGCGGGGCCCCCUGGCGCGCAUCCCGGGUGUCCGUUAUGUGACUCUUCAGUCUACAGCUACUGCUCACACAAGCAAGCCCACGAUUCGUGCUGCUGUGAGAAUGCUGCUUACCUGCCGUUCAGCUGUCGCAAGUCUGACUGCAAGUUCCUUUACGCCAACUCUUGCCAAGAGUACCAGCUCAUCUCCAGCUGUUGCUGCGUAGACCUGCAGAAGAAUUCCAUCGAGCCAGUUGUUCCCGUCGUCGGAUAACUGCAUGUCUCUUCAUACUCAUUUUAUUUAUUAUUUAAGUAACAGUAUAGACCAAUGAGGAACUUUCCAGGCUACGUUCACUAAAAACAAUACAGAUGGCGUUGUACAGCUUUAAUGUGAUAAUUAAUUACCUAUUUUCUCAUAUAAUAUAAUUGGUAUAUAAAUUGUUCUAAAAUACAAUGUAAUGGCAGAAGCACAUAUAUAAAUAUGAUGGUUGCUCGAUAUUUGGAUCACGUUGUGUAUAGAAUUAUGUUGCUACGUAUAUUGCUUCUGUAUUUUGAUCAGAAUAUUAAGUCUGGGUGUAAUAAAAAAGGUCAUCAUUCAAAAAAACAAAAACAAAGUUAAAUGAUGUCUGUUAUCUAUGAAAUUAGUGACAAAAUGAUAAAUGGACGAAGACAAAUAAUUAAACAAAAGAAAUGGCUCCGGCCUUCGAAAACAAUUUAUUGAAGACAAAGCAAACAAAUUCAAGAAAUAAUACACGAAGAAAAACUUCAUUUGACCAGGCUGUAUGGCUAUGUCCCUUUGCCUGCUCCUUCUUGGGGCAAAUUUAACAAAAAAAAAAUAUCUAUGAAAUUAGAAGGUCAAAUGAAGGAAAAUCUGAAGGCUUUUUGGCGGGAGGCGGGAACGGGACAGUUGCUUUCUUCAUUGAAUAAUCUAAAUAAUUAAUACGAAGUGGUGUUUUGUGGUUAAUGAUCGCAUUAAGUUAGUCGGAAGACAUUCGCGAGUGUUAUUAUAUUGGAGUAUUCAAUGAACAAAGUGUAUCUGCCUAUUUUCGCUUCGUGUCAGGAAGCCGCUUCAUAACUCAAAAGUUUAUGCGGACUUUUGAGUUAAUUCGUUUGGGGUUCGGAGUAGGAGUCUACUCCGAGGGUGGGGGCUUAGGUUUCAUCAUCAUCACCUUUCAUCAUUUCAUUAAUCAUCAAGAAAAAAAAUACGUCAGACAUGGCUGUAUGGGCAUAGUUCCCUUUGCCUUACCCUUCGGGGAAAACCAAACCAAAAAAAAAAAAAAAUGAAGGAAAAUCUGUACAGCGCCAUCUAUAUUGUUUUUGAGGAAGGUAGCCUGGAAAGUCUCUCAUUAUACCAAUUAUAUAAAAACCUUCGCCAUUUCUCAGCACUAAUAUAAGAGUAUACUUGAAAUGGGCCACAUUACACCUAUGCCAUGUUGUUUUAUGUUUUAAAGAUUAAGUUUAAUUUGCAAAGCUGUACUUUUCAAUACUAAUAACAUUUGACGUUAGUCUUUAGAAAUUGAAACCAACAGCUUUGCGACGCAAUAUUUGUACCCCUUUUACAUAUACAGGUUUUUGGAUAAUUAUAUUCUUUU